AUGACUUACGGGGGCACCAUCACCAGAAUCAUGAUGCCAGAUCGUAACGGGCAUUUGGACAAUGUCGUGAUGGGUUUCCCCAGAUUUGCGGAUUAUCAGAACCUCAGCCGACAAGAUGGCCUCUUCUUCGGCGCACUGAUCGGGCGCUACGCCAACAGGAUCGCGCGGGGCACAUUCAAUCUGGACGGAAAAACAUAUAAACUGCCGAUCAACGAUGGACCCAACAGUCUUCACGGCGGGAAAGAUGGUUUCGAUGACCGGAUCUGGAAAGUCUCAGAUCUCAAAACCUCAGGGCACACCGUCAGUGCGCGCCUUUCUCUGACCAGCCCGGAUGGAGAUCAGGGGUACCCGGGUCAGCUUGAUGUCGCGGUAACAUACAGCCUGAGCGAUGAUGGCGCUUUUAAAAUUGACUAUCAUGCGAUAACGUCAAAGCUGACCGUACUAAAUCUGACCAACCACACUUACUUCAAUCUUGCAGGUGUCGGCGCGAAGGAUGGGAUCUUGAACCAGCGGCUGCGUGUCAAUGCAGCCACUUACACGCCGGUUUCGGAGACACUGAUACCAACCGGAGCGCUGGCGUCCGUUGCAGGUACACCCUUCGACUUCCGUCAGGAAAGCCGAUUGGCCAGGAUAUCAGAAAUCCAAUGUGCAGCUUAUUCGUACCCUGGUUACGAUCACAACUGGGUUUUGGACGGCGAUUACGGCCCUAACGGCCUGCGUGAAGCCCUCCAGUUUUGGGACCCGAAAUCGGGCCGGAUGCUGACCUGUCUGACGACGCAGCCCGGCGUACAAAUUUAUACGUCGAACUUCCUUAACGGAUCAGUAGAGGGAAAUGGCGGUAUCUACCGUCAGACUGACGCCGUGGCGUUUGAAACCCAGCAUUUCCCUGAUAGCCCCAACCAUCCCGCGUUUCCAUCAACGCGUCUGGAGCCGGGUCAGACCUUUCACAAUGUCACGGUCUUUCGUUUCGGUAUCCAUUCUUAA